GCCUUUUAUCCGCCCCUCACUUGUGUCACCAGCAGUGUAACCAAAGGCAGGGGGCGUUGUAUGACCCUUGCGGUACCGCCUUUUCCUCGCUGUCUCCUCGCAGUGCCCAUUAUUGCCAUGUAGGAGAGGUAGGGAGGGGAGGCAGCGGUUUGAAUGACACAGUACACAGUGCUGCUGAGGGAGGUGAAAGAGGCGGAGGUGACAGCGCAAGGGGAGGGGCAGCCAAGCCUGCCGUCACCAACAGACAUUUCUCUUGUACUUUCCACCCUCUUUACGGCUUUUCACUUCCUCUGUCCCGUGUAUGUAGGGAGGGUCUGUGUUCGGCCAAGCUCGUAGACGGCUCGCUUUCUCACAGAACCAGUCUGCCGCUCGUCAUGUCACCCACUUAAGAGAGCAGGUAGGGGGAGAGCGGGGGUCUACUCCCCAACCCCGAGCUUUGGUCUGGAGCCGGCAGCGCCAUCUGUGACAGCAGCGGCCUGUGUCUUCCCUGAAGUGUGCAACGAAAGGGGGCCGGGCCUCUACAGCACUUUCCGCGGAGAACGGGGUUCCGGCCACGGGCCUACAGGCUUUACUCCUGAGUUCAUCGGGAAUCUUGCGAGAGCUCAGGAUGUCCGUGUUACGCUAAAGCCGUAGAUUGAGUUCUAGUAUUUGGAUCUGGCCCCGAACCCUCCACAGCUCAGCUACGGGCACAGUGACGCCAGGGGACGGAUAUUACCGAAGCCCCCGUCAGGAAGGAGGAUCUGGAAGCCGGAUUGUCUUCAUUCCUCACCCCCCUCCACCGCCAGCGCAUUGGUUUUGCCCGUACGAUGUCCAAAAUGCCAGCCAAGAAAAAGAGCUGCUUCCAGAUCACGAGUGUUAUCACGGCCCAGUCGGCCAACAGCAUCACGGAGGAGACGGAGAGCCUGGAUGACCCGGACGAAUCGCGGACCGAGGAUGUGUCUUCGGAGAUCUUCGAUGUCUCUCGUGCUACCGACUACGGGCCGGAAGAUGUGGUGGAGAGGAGCUCGUCCGAGGAGACCCUUAGCAAUGUCUGCGAGGCAGAGGCUGUAUCGCCCAAUGUGCCGCAGGACGGGAUCGGGUUCAUUGCAGGAACCGCGAGUAGAGGAAGCGGACAAGGAGCUGCAAUAGGUCUGGCAAACCAAGUUUCUAGUGCAACUGCGAUCUCUCCCGCUGCGACUGCUACGCCCACCGCCUCUAGUGUUCCCCAAGUUGCUUCUCAAGCCGCGACAACCAGCAGCACUUGCAGCUCACGCUUCAGGGUGAUCAAACUUGACCACGGCUCAGGGGAGCCCUACAGGAGAGGCCGGUGGACCUGUACAGAAUAUUAUGACAGGGACUCGGAUUCCAACUUAAUCACCAGGACUGGGGAUACAAUCAGACACACGAGCACGUUUGAUCACUCUGUAGACAGGGACAGCGGAUUGGGGGCCACAGGGGGUUCAGCUGUGGUCUCUGCUGUGCAUGUUGGGCUCAGUGCUGAAUGUGCAGCUGACAGUUGUGCUGUGUCACAGUUGCUUCAGCCUGAGAAAAUGAACCAGCCCUCUCCGCAGCAACAGUUUCUAAUUGGGCAGCAGGCAGUAGGUGGAAUGGUGCCUCAAGGUACUGCCCAACACAUGUACCCAGGUGCUGGUACAAGUCAGCAGAUGAUAGUGCAGCAGAGCCAAUCACAUACGGCUGCACAAAGUGCAAACAAUGGCAAGGGCACCAGUUCUCAGAAUGUACAUACAGGGCAGUCAACCAUAUCUUUAACUCAGCAGCAGCCCAAUGUUUCUGUUAGUCAGCCUCAAGCGUUCAGUUACUCCCAGGUGCAGUCUGGACACAUGAUGUCCACUCAGCCAGCUGCUCAGACUGAGUAUGUCCAACAUAUAACAGUUAUACAAUCCCAAGGAACAACUCAGAAACCCAUGGCAUCUGUCAAUGCAAGUACUGGAACUCAGUCAAGUCUUCCAGGCCAACACCUGCAAGCAGGUGGAACACAACUAAUAGGUCUUCUUUCCAAAACUAGAGACUCGGUGAGCCAGGGAUCAGGAUUGAUACAGAGUGGUCAGGCACCCCAGAGCCACCCAGUUCAUGCCCAGCACCCAGGAAGUGGGGCACAGUCAUCUUUGCCAUCUAUUGGAAUAGUGCAGCAGAAGUCUAUCAAUCAGCAAGUGAGUGGCAGUAGUCAUGUUUCAGGCAUUCCAGGGGGACACCAUACCAUGGCUCCGGGAAUACAGAGUUUGCCUGCUGCUAUGUCUGGUACAGGUGUUACUGGAGUACCAAGUACGGUGCCAAGCGUGUCUGCCACUCCUGUUACUAUGCCAAUUGCUCCUGCUACUUUUGUGCAGUCUCCACUGAGCAGCCAUACAUCUGUCAGUAGAAGUAAUAGCCUAAUCCCAACAGUUGGGCUUCCAACAAUGCAAGGUACAUCCAAUGUACACUCAAGUUUGCCGCAGUCAAAUGUUAAUCAAUUUCAGACUCCGAGCCAGUCAUUGGUUGGCCAAAUAGAUGACAGAAGAAAGUCUGAACCUCUACCUCAGCCACCAAUGUCUCUCAUUUCUGAGAAGCCUUUUGUGAAAGUCUCCAUCACAGACACCUUAACAAACCCUCUCAAUUUACCCGUUUUUGGUUUUCCAGUUGAUGGUGAUGAUGACAGGAAUCCUUCAUCUGCUUUCUAUGAAGCAUUUCAUCUGAAGUUCCGUGGGGCAAAGAAACUAUGUGAUAGUUCAUCCAGUGCAAAUGUAGUAGCCAUCGACAACAAAAUUGAACAGGCAAUGGACCUGGUGAAAAGCCAUCUAAUGUAUGCAGUAAGAGAAGAAGUGGAAGUCCUCAAGGAACAAAUAAAGGAAUUAAUAGAGAAGAACUCUACACUUGAACGGGAAAAUGCACUGUUAAAAUCCCUUUCCAACAACGAUCAGCUGUCUCAACUCUCAACCCAAGCUGGACUGAGCACUUGCCAGCAGCAACAGCCUCCAGUGACUACAGCUCCAAUGAGUGCUCCACAGAAUGCACACCCCUCGCAGCAACCGAAUGUCUCUUCAGCGUAAAUCAUAGAGACUGCUUUCUUGCCUUGUGUUGCAGACCGAAAGCAAUCUGUCCUUGUGUGCCACUGCUGUUUGUUUCACUUUAAAACCGAAAACAAGAAAAAAUGAAAGCAAGUAGCCAUGCUUCAUUUGUGUGUUUGGCCUUUUUCAGUAUUAGACAAUCAUUUUUCCAUGUCUCCCACUUCUAGAGAGAUGAGAGAGAAGUGAAACAUGUUUCAUAUUAUAAGUUAAGAAUCUGAGCGAUAAUUUCAGGCCUUUUAUUCUCGGGAGACGAGCCCCUGGAUGGUCAGGACACCUGCAAUACUUUGUGUUCCUAGCCCUUUUCUUUUAAAGGGUGUGAAGCAGCAUUUUAUGUUAAAAAAAAAAAAAAAAUAUAUAGCCAUUCCACUUCAGGUUUGUGAUUCUACCAU